GUUCAUUGUUUCCACUUACAAUGACGGGUUGUUUGUCAUGUGUUGUAUGUGAAAAGUAGGUAAUUCUCCACGUAUAAGUUUUCUCGUCUUAAUUUAGUUUACACUCAAUAUUUUUUUAAUAUUUUUAAAUAGAUAUAUUUGUUUAACAUUUAAAAUUUGAUUGUGAUUUAAAUGUAUAUAUUUUUAAUUCCACGUCUAAAUUUGAGAAAAAUUGUUAAGUUUUAGGAGUAGUGUAGACAAUUUCUUUUUUAGGAAUUAGGUUAAAGAAAAUGUAACUUCCAGCACUCACAACACAUGUGAACCAAAUUGCUUGCAUUACUAAAAUAGCUGAAACUUUGAUGCCUGCCUGUCUAUUUAUCCAUCAAACAAGUGGACUAGUAAAUGCAAACUCAAACAAUAUUUUUUCUCCUCUCUAAUGGGGUUUUCAAGGACAAGAAGAUCAGACUCUCUUAUUGCUCUUAGCUUUCUCACCAUUUCCUUUCUAUGUUUAGAAAAUGCCAAUGGUUGUUGCAAUGUAUACAAAGGUAAGUGGGUGUAUGACAGCUCCUACCCUCUCUACGAUACAUCAGCCUGUCCUUUCAUCCACAAGGAGUUUAAUUGCCUCAAGUAUGGCCGCCCUGAUCAUCUUUACCUUAAAUAUAGAUGGCAACCAAGCAAGUGUAAUUUGCCAAGGUUUGAUGGGACGCAUUUGUUGAGGAGAUUAAAGGGCAAGAAGAUAAUGUUUAUUGGGGACUCCAUAAGUAUAAACCAAUGGCAAUCUCUGUUAUGCAUGCUUCACGCUGCAGUGCCUACUACAUCUGGUAUAAUCACACAAGACUUGCAUAAUCACACUGUUUCCACUGUUACUUUCAAGCAUUAUAAGGUAUCCGUGAUGCUAUUUCGUUCGUUGUACUUAGUAGACGUUGAUAAGGAAACAAUUGGCAGAGUUCUGAAAUUGAAUUCUGUAAGGAAUGGAAAUCUAUGGAAAGAAAUUGAUGUUUUGAUAUUCAACACUUGGCAUUGGUGGCACCGUAGAGGACUGAAGCAACAAUGGGAUUAUGUGCAAUUUGAUGGGAAGAUUCGUAAGGACAUUGAUCGCACGGUCGCUUUUCGUACUGCUUUGAGAACAUGGGCUAAAUGGGUUGAUUCAGAUGUGGAUACCAAUAGGACUAAAGUUAUAUUUCAAGGAAUUUCCCCUUCUCACUACAAUGGCAUAGAUUGGAAUGAGCCAGGAGUAAGGAAUUGCUCAAGGCAGACGACACCAUUCAAGGGAUCGAUUUAUCCAACUGGUUUGCCUCUGGCAGAGUACGUAGUUAAAGAGGUCAUAAGGAACAUCAAGAAACCUGUUCAUUUGCUUGAUAUUACAAUGCUCUCUCAAUUAAGAAAAGAUGCACAUCCUAGCACUUACAAUGACUUCAACGGAAUGGAUUGCACCCACUGGUGCGUUGCCGGCCUCCCCGAUACAUGGAAUCUACUUCUGUAUGCAGUUCUCAUCAAAUAGCAGAGAAAUUUGGUUCAGGCACUAGCCACCCAACAUAUAUGUGGUCUCCUUAAAUUAUUUAUUUUGCUUACUCAAAAAAGAUCAUAAGAUUAUACAUUGAAAAUAUAAUAAAUUUGUUUUACUUCUGUUUGCAGUUCUUAAUUAUGCAUGUGAUGUAAUUC